AGCCUGGUCUGAGUACGGAGGAGUGUCUGAUGUUUUACAAAACCUCAACCAGUCUUAUGCAUCUCCCUCUGGUCCUGCUCAGUCUGGUCCGUUUGGACCUUCUCCUGGUCUUGUUGCUUCUGGUCCUUCUACCAUUCAUCCAUCUCCUUCUGGUCCUUCUUCCUCGAAGUUCUCUAUUGAUCACAACCCAAAAGACUUCCAAACUCCAUUGCCAACCAUUAGUGAGGACAACGCAGAGGAAUCCGAGGACGAAGAAGUUGCAGAUGAGGUCCUGGUUGGAAAGUCUGUUAAAGAGAAUUUUCCUGAAGAUCACAACCCCAACGACUUCCAAACGCCUCAUCAAGAUGUAGAGGAGAUCAGUUCGGCUGAUGAAUCAGAGGACGAUCAAGAUACA